AUGAAGCUACUCAAAUUGCCCAAUAAAUUGCACGGUGGUCAAUUGACCCAAUGCGAGGCUCUUGAAGGGAAGUUGUAUAUCAUUGGAGGUAAAUGGCUAUCUAUUUGGGAUACUGAGAUGUUACUGGGUUCCGCAAAGGGGAAAACAGACGUGAAAAACGUCAAAGAACUCGCUAAAUUGGAAUUAAGUUUGCUCGAAUCUAAGCAAGAAGAUGGUAGAUGGCUUAUAACCCUAGGAAAUGGAAGAAUAGUGUAUGGAUCUGAUCAUCUACUUGCAAGUUUGAAACUAACUGAUGAUUUGAAAAUCAAUGAAAAAGAAGGCACUCGUGAGAUUUGCAACUUUAAAGACACGGAGGCUAUCACCGAUCUGAAGUAUGAUAGCAAUAACCAACUCUUAUUUGUUAGUUUGAGUAAGGCAAACUCGAUUCAAAUUCUGAAUGCAAAAACAUGGGCAUUGGAAUCCACGAUAGAACUAAAAUCAAAACCUAUCUCGAUAAUUACAGACCCAUUGGGACAAUUGCUAACUGUAAUUCUACAAAAUAGAUCUAUACAGAUCUAUCAGUACGACGUUCGGGGUUCGACAAAACUUCAUCAAACUAUAAAUCAAUUCGUCCAAACAAAUCCUCUUCCAUAUAGAAUGACAAUGUCUCCUCAAGGAGAUGUCGUGCCGAUGAUCAAUUCAUUGCAUAAUAAUGUACCGACUGCUGUACUUCUAGAUAGAUUACAAAAGUUCAAAAUCAAGGUAUCAUUGGUUGGAUAUGUUGCUGAUUGUAAGAUUUUGAAGUUCUCCCAAAGGCUCUAUAGUAAGAAGAAAUCCUCUACAUCAGAUGAUAUCCAAACAUUCAACCUUCUCGCCUCCUCGGGCAAUGAAGAUGGAAAUGUUGUGUUGUGGAACACCAAACGGAUCAAACCGUUAUUUGAUGCGUCUAAGGUCGUUAAUUCGUAUAUUACAGAUCUGGAAUGGGACCACUCAGGGCUUGGACUCUUUGCGAUUAGUCAAGAUGGUCAAUUAGUGAUUUUUGCAUUUGAAACCUCAGAACUAGGGGACGUAAUGCCGUUGGAUGCUGUUGAAGAGGCCCGAAAGGAAAUCAAGCUUCUUGAACCGUUACCAUUUAAGCCAAAGACAGAAGAGGAUACUACAAAACUACCUGCAAUUAAAGCUGUACAACAAAAUUCUGCGAACACAAAAAAGCAACAAAAGGUUACCGAAGUUUCGAUAUCUUCAAGUUCCAACAUGGAGUUUGUGCAGCCAUCAUACACCGUUCCAAAGGAUUUAAAAAGGAGACCUCCAGUAGAGGACCCCCUACUUUCACAGGGUAAACCAACUACCAAAAAGCCUAGAAAAGAUUUAGACCAGAUGGAUUUCCUCGAUACGAAUUUACUUUUACCAUCUGUAUCGUUUUCUAAAGUUCGUCUUGCACAUCCUAAAAUUAGACUCUCAUUCCAGUAUAAUAGUCAAGAUGAUACAGUUCUUGAAAUUAAGAACGGAUCAGGUAAUGACCAAAAGCCCACAAUUAUAACAUUAACAAAAAAAGAUAAAGAGGCUGAGAAACAACUCUUUCAAACAUAUCUGCCUAAAUUUAUAACAUUAUGCACCUCAGGUUCUACAUUCUGGGCAUGGGCUACAGACAUGGGUACAAUCUAUGUCUCAUCUAUUUCUGGGCAAAUGCUUUUCCCACCAAUGAUUCUUGGCAUACCAAUUAGUUUCCUCGAAGGUUGUGGUGAUUACUUACUAUGUAUUACCAGCAUUGGUCAAAUGUAUUGUUGGAAUGUUCAAUUAGGAAAGGUUGCUUUCCCGGUUAAUGACGUAUAUUCCUUAUUGAGUCCUAUGCUACGUUAUUCAGAUGAUGUUUUGAGCAGGGCUGAAAAUAUCACAAUGUGUGCUAUAACGGCAAAAGGGGUACCGAUCAUAACAUUAAGCAAUGGUGAUGGGUAUAUGUUUGACAAGAAUAUGGAAUCUUGGAUGCUGAUAAAUGAUUCAUGGUGGCCUUAUGGAUCGCAAUACUGGAAUUUCAUGACUUCUUCUGGAGUUGAUUGUGGAAAUAGCGGUGAUGAUAAAAAAGAUAAGUACUGGAAUGCCGAGGCAGAUGCUCUUGCGAAAGAAAUUAAAAACAACAGAAACAGUAUCAUAGGCUAUUUAGAAACGAAAACCAAUGACGAGCUUUCCAGAAAAGGACGUAUGAAACAUCUUCAAAGGUUUGCUAAAGUGUUAUUAAUGAAAGAAGGUUUUGAAAACCUAGAAGAAAUGAUCACUUUAGCACAUUUGGAGAACAAAAUUUUGGUGUCUUUCAGAUUGGAAGAGAAUGAGGAGGCCAUCAAGCUUUUGAAGAUAUAUUGUAUCAGAUUAGCUGAAAUGGGUUAUACGGAUAGGUUUAGCCAAACUUUAAGCUGGCUGUAUGAUCCAACAAACUCCAAAUUCUUAGCGCUAGGCUCCGAAAAGAGACAUGAUUUGAUUAAAGAAAUAAUUAUCUCGUGCGCUGACAUAAGACAGGUUCAAAGAAUAACCACUUCAUAUGCCAAUGAAAUAGGGAUAAUAGAUAAUUCGUUAUAA